AUGAAAAAUAAACUAAUAAUUAAAUCUUUAUAAAAAAACUAAAUAGUAUUAUGGCAGACCCUAUCAAAAUUGUAAUGUGCAUUCUUUGUUGUCCAUAGUGGUUCAGUUACUACUCUUUUUUGCAUAAUUGUGCUAGAACAUGUGAUAUUACGUCAAAGAUCUUUAAAGGCAUAGGAAGUACACUUUGGAAAGUAUUAUUCGUUCUGUUCAUGGCAUUUUGUGGAUUCGAACUUGUAAAUUGUGUGCUGUGCAUAGUAGGAUGUGUUCAUUGCUUUGGAGCUCCCUUUUAGGCAUAUCAAGGAGGCAGCACUUGGGUAGAUUCUUUUCAUAAAAUGGUCCUGGAACCUAGUUGUGACUUCGAAGGGAAAAUAAGUGACAUUCUUGGGAAAAUGUUUAAACAUUGAUUAUGAUUAUUGCAAAAAUGCAUAAUUAUCAAAAUUUCCAAUUUAAUACAUCUCAUAUUUAUUUGAUAUUUAAUAUCAAAAAUGA